AGAGUGCUGCGUGGCGAGACUGGCGAGUUGCGUGAUUCCAGUCUACAUCGAAAAUGAACGUCACAUAUGUAAAUGGCGUGGAGUAUAUAUGACGUAUCGACAAUAUAAAGAAAAAAAUUACUUACGUUGUGAGUGCUUUGUUAAGUCGAUCUGUUAACACAAAACGCAGAUCGCGUUGUAGCGGAAAUAUAUAUAUACAUAUAUAUAUAAACAAUCUGUAUAUCUGUUCUCCACGGUAGUAAACGCGGCACUUGUGUACAGAAGGAUGGCGAGUUGACCUAUCCCGAAGAAUGGAAUGUCUUGUACAACGAGCAUUGAAAUAAAAUCGAUCCAUUUGGUGCUACUGUACAAGGUACAAGAUGGCGGAUGUUGAUCCUGAGACUUUGUUAGAAUGGCUCAGUAUGGGGCAAGGAGACGAAAGAGACAUGCAGUUAAUUGCAUUAGAACAGUUGUGCAUGCUGUUACUCAUGUCCGAUAAUGUGGAUCGUUGUUUCGAAUGUUGUCCUCCACGCACAUUCCUCCCAGCGCUUUGUAGAAUCUUUUUGGAUGAAAUGGUGCCGGACAGUGUACUUGAAGUGACCGCUCGAGCUAUCACAUAUUAUUUGGACGUCUCCGCGGAAUGUACACGCAGAGUGGUUGCCAUGGAAGGUGCUGUAAAGGCCAUCUGUAGUCGCCUCUCUGGUGCUGGGCUUGGUUCUAGAGUUAGUCGAGACUUGGCGGAGCAAUGUAUAAAGGUGUUAGAACUGGUAUGCGCGAGAGAGGCGGGUGCCGUGUUCGAAGCCGGUGGUUUGCCUUGCGCGUUGUGUUUUAUCCGAGAACACGGAGCGCGCGUACAUCGGGAUACGUUACACUCAGCGAUGGCAGUCGUCACUCGAUUGUGCGGCAAAGUUGAACCUCAAGAUAAGGCUUUGCCCGAUUGUGUCGAAGCGUUGUCGGUGUUACUCAGACACGAAGAUGCGCACGUUGCGGACGGGGCGCUUCGAUGCUUCGCGUCGCUGGCGGACAGAUUUUCCAGAAGAGGAACGGACCCUGCGCCAUUAGCAUCAAAUGGAUUAGUUUCUGAACUUUUAUAUCGAUUGUCAAAUGCAGCGGGCCCUGGCACAUCUGCUACCGCGACUUGCAGCAAUCCAAAGACACCUCCGCCAUCCAGUACUGUGACCACGGUUCCAACUCCGGAACCAAAAUCUUGUGCUUCUGUUUCAACUAUAAUUAGCCUUUUAUCGACGCUUUGUAGAGGAUCACCGUCCAUUACGCACGAUCUUCUACGUUCAGAAUUGCCAGAUGCGAUAGAAAAGGCACUAAAGGGAGACGAACGAUGCGCUCUUGACUCUAUGAGGCUGAUUGAUCUUUUACUAGUCUUACUGUUUGAGGGAAGAUCAGCUUUGGGACGUAGCACUACCGGCGGUCCGUCUGGUCCGUUACUACCAAGGCUGAGACGUUUGGAUAGCGCUGGAGAAAAAUCGCACAGACAAUUGAUCGAUUGCAUACGCUCCAAGGAUACGGACGCGUUGAUAGAGGCGAUUGAUACAGGAGGGAUUGAAGUUAACUUUAUGGAUGAUGUUGGACAAACUUUACUCAAUUGGGCUUCGGCGUUCGGUACGCAAGAAAUGGUCGAAUUCUUGUGCGACAGAGGAGCGGAUGUUAAUAAAGGUCAACGGUCGUCCAGUUUACAUUAUGCAGCUUGCUUCGGAAGACCGGCUAUCGCCAAAGUUCUACUUAGACACGGUGCUAAUCCUGAUUUAAGGGACGAGGAUGGUAAAACACCUUUGGAUAAAGCCAGAGAGCGCGUUGACGAAGGACAUAGAGAAGUUGCAGCCAUUUUACAGUCGCCUGGCGAAUGGAUGUUACCGCCUAGUCAAGAACAUAGGAAACUUGAGACAGAAGUAGAAGAAUUCACGGAACCUAAGGGAGAUCCUGAAAUGGCGCCUGUUUAUCUAAAAAGAUUGUUGCCUGUGUUUUGUGCAACCUUUCAGUCGACUAUGUUACCAAGUGUUAGAAAAGCGAGCUUAAGUUUGAUUAGAAAAAUGGUGCAUUACAUCCAACCAGAAUUACUUAUAGAAACUUGUGGAUCUGAUAAAACCGGCGGAUGUGGAGCUAUGCUUGUUGAAGUAAUUGCCAAUGUUUUAGACAAUGAGGAAGAUGAGGAUGGUCAUUUAGUCGUCCUGCAAAUGAUACAAGAUCUGAUGAUUAAAGGCAAAGAUGAAUUCUUAGAACAUUUCGCACGUUUAGGAGUAUUUUCAAAAGUUGCCGCUUUAGCCGGGCCACAAGAAACUACACCCGAGCCAGAAACGGAAUCGAAUCAAUCGGGAGAAGAGCAAAGAAUGGAAGAUGCGAAAGAAUUAUUAAUAGGAAGAGCGUAUCAUUGGAGAGAUUGGUGCAUAUGUCGAGGACGUGAUUGUCUUUACAUCUGGUCCGAUGCGGCGGCUCUAGAACUAUCGAACGGAAGUAACGGAUGGUUUAGAUUUAUCCUUGACGGCAAACUGGCAACUAUGUACUCUAGCGGAAGUCCGGAAGGUGGAACGGACACAUCGGGAAAGGGGAGGAACACAGAGUCGCUUACUACUGAAGAAAAUCGUGGUGAAUUUUUGGAGAAAUUACAAAGAGCGCGUAGUCAGUUAAAGGUGAAUUUUGUAAGUCAGCCUGUACUCUCUCGGCCUGGUACUACACGCCUGGUCGUAGGAAAUUGGGCGUUAUCCAGUAGAAAGGAAAGCGAAUUAUGUAUACAUAAUAGUGAUGGCCAACAACAGGCAACCAUUCUAAGGGAAGACUUGCCAGGUUUUAUUUUUGAAUCAAACAGAGGUACUAAGCAUUCUUUUACAGCGGAAACAAGCUUAGGUCCAGAAUUUGCAGCAGGUUGGACUGGUAAAAGGGGGAAAAGAUUAAGAUCAAAGAUCGAAGCGAUUAAACAGAAGGUUAAAGUACAAGCGCAGGAGAUAUACGAGCGUUACUUUAAAGUAGCUCAAGCUCAGCCACGCGGUGUAGUUGCUAAACUCGGUGCCAUUGUUAAUCAAAUAGAAAAAGCAUCUCAAAAGCAGCAAUCUGGAAGUCGCGAAUGGCGCAAUAUACUGCAAACUGCGUUAGAACAACUUAAAGUAUUAUUGAAUGAAGAGGGUCGAGUAUCUGCAUACGAGCUGCACUCGAGUGGUCUUGUACAAGCGUUGCUCGCUUUGUUGGCUGCACCUCCUGGACCCUCGCCCCCGACAUUGAGAGCGACCAAACUUAGGAUGCAGAGGAUAACUGCAUUCAAGAGUUGUUUUCAAACAAAAGACACGAAUAAAGAGCCUAACUCGGCUAAGAUUUUAGUUCAUAAAUUGGUUUCGGUGCUGGAAUCGAUAGAAAAAUUGCCGGUAUAUCUAUAUGACACACCUGGAUCAGGCUACGGUUUACAGAUCUUGACGAGGAGAUUACGCUUUCGAUUAGAAAAAGCUUCUAGCGAGAGCGCGUUAAUAGACCGAUCUGGUCGCAGCUUAAAGAUGGAACCAUUAAGUACGAUACAACAAUUGGAGAACCAUUUGUUAAAAAUGGUUGCCAAGCAAUGGCACGAUCAUGAUAGAUCUACAUUCGCUUUUGUGAAAAGAUUGAAGGAAGAAAGUAGAAUAACGUUCAAGUAUCAGCAUGACUUCGACGAAAAUGGUUUGCUAUAUUGGAUCGGAACAAAUGCUAAAACUUGUUCCGAAUGGGUAAACCCGGGUCAAUAUGGCUUGGUUGUCGUCACAUCGAGCGACGGAAGAAACCUACCGUACGGUCACCUCGAAGAUAUACUGAGCCGUGAUUCGUCGGCAUUAAAUUGUCACACCAACGAUGAUAAAAGGGCAUGGUUCUCGAUAGAUCUUGGCGUUUGGAUUAUUCCAAACGCUUAUACCUUGAGACAUGCGAGGGGAUAUGGCAGAAGCGCAUUGAGAAAUUGGAUGUUUCAAGCGUCAAAAGAUGGUGUUACCUGGAUAACAUUGUACGCCCAUGUAGACGAUUGUUCCUUAAAUGAGCCGGGCAGUACGUCUACUUGGACGUUGGAGCCACCGAGUGAAGAGACGCAAGGCUGGCGACAUUUACGUCUACAGCAAAUUGGCAAGAAUGCUUCUGGACAGACGCAUUAUCUCUCUGUGUCUGGUUUUGAAGUUUACGGGGAAGUUACUGGAGUGUGCGAAGAUUUAGGUCGAGCAGCCAAGGAAGCCGAAGCUGGUGUACGGAAGCAGAGAAGAUUUAUUAAGACACAAGUUCUUAAGCAUUUAGUUGCCGGAGUUCGAGUGGCUAGAGGUCUGGAUUGGAAAUGGAGGGAUCAGGAUGGCGUACCACCAGUUGCUAAAGACUGUACUACUCGAGAGAAAGAAGCUAGCUCGUCUACGCAAAAUACAACGGGCGGUUGUCCUGUUGUGGUUACCAAUCCCAUGUCGGUAUCUGUGCCUAAUCUCGCUUGUUCCGAUGCUAACAAUACCUUGGAAUCAACAGCUGCUACUGGUUUGUUGGAAACUUUUGCUGCGAUGGCGCGAAGACGAACAUUAGGACCUGCGGGCGGACAACAUCUCGCUUCAAAUUCUAAUACAAGUUGUAAUCCAAUUCGAGGACCGAAUUCUGUAUCUAGUCUCGUACGAUUGGCACUCAGUCCCAAUUUUCCUGGUGGUUUGCUUAGUACAGCACAAAGUUAUCCAAGUCUGACAAGUAGUGGACAAGUGGCUGGUAGUGGCGUUACUACGACAACUGGACCGGGUUUAGGACAAGCGCUUACUAUGUCUCUGACUAGUACAAGUAGCGACAGUGAGCAGGUCAGUCUUGAAGAUUUCUUGGAAUCCUGCGGAGGUGUAGCAACUUCUAGCACCGGUGGAGGCCGUACUACCGGUGGACCAACGCUUUUGACUGAAUUGGAAGAUGACGAAGAUGGUGUCUUGGAAGAAGAAGAAGAUAACGAAGAAAAUGAUCAAGAAGAAGAAGAUGAAGAGAAUGAAGAGGAAGGUGACGGUUGCGAAGGUGAAUACGAAGAAGUAAUGGUAAGUCGUAAUCUCCUGGCAGCAUUCAUGGAAGAGGAAGCGCCACAGAGUAGCAAGAGGCGUGCAUGGGACGAUGAGUUUGUAUUAAAGCGUCAGUUUUCUGCUCUUAUUCCUGCUUUUGAUCCACGUCCUGGUCGAACGAACAUUAAUCAGACAACUGAUUUGGAGGUUCCCCCUCCUGGCAGCGAGACACAAGUUAAUAGUCGCAUAGGAUCAUUGCCUAUGCCUAGACUUUCUUUAUCGUUGAAAGGACCAGGAUUUCCAGGUAUACCCGAUGUCGAGAUAUCACUUUCUGAUUCGCACGCUAGUAUUUUUCAAGCGGUCCAGGAACUAAUGCAGUUAACCGAAUUGGGCAGUCGUCAAGAAAAAUUGAAAAGGAUAUGGGAACCAACCUACACAAUAAUAUAUAAGGAAGCUAGAGACGAAGAGUCGUCUGGCAGAGCAACGCCGAUCGUAACGUUGUACUCUCGUAAUCCGACGCAAAACGCAAAUGCAUGCACCGUUGAAGACGUUCUGCAACUCUUGAGACACAUAUUUGUCUUGGGCACUAUUCGGGACGAGGGCGCGGCCUCGGCAGAGCAGGACGAAUCGAACGAUACGACUUACUGGCUUCAUCCAGAUGAUUUCACGUCCAAAAAAAUCACUAACAAGAUUGUACAACAAAUUCAGGAUCCAUUGGCUCUGGCCGCUGGUGCACUGCCCAAUUGGUGUGAAGAACUCGCGCGAAGCUGUCCGUUUUUGUUACCUUUCGAAACGAGACGACUCUAUUUCAGUUGCACUGCUUUUGGUGCUUCACGGUCUAUCGUAUGGUUACAAACGCAGCGAGAUGCAAUCCUCGAAAGACAAAGAGCACCAGGUCUAAGUCCACGACGUGACGAUAGCCACGAAUUUCGUGUCGGUAGGCUUAAGCAUGAAAGAGUCAACGUGCCGAGAGGGGAGAAAUUAUUAGAUUGGGCGGAGCAAGUGUUGAAGGUUCACGCAAGCCGCAAGAGUAUACUCGAGGUAGCGUUUGUAGGAGAAGAGGGCACAGGUCUCGGACCUACCUUGGAAUUCUUUGCACUAGUCGCAGCGGAAUUGCAACGCAAGGAUUUGAGUCUUUGGUUAUGCGACGACAGCGUCACCGACGAUAAUGCCACGCGGCUCUUAAAUGAAGAGCAAAUGUGUAGUAUUUCCGGAGAGAAGAUUCGGCCUGCAGGAUAUUACGUAACGCGAGCCAGCGGCUUAUUCCCAGCCCCAUUACCGCAAGAUUCGGCAUGUUGCGAUCGUGCUGUUCGAUAUUUCUGGUUCCUAGGAGUCUUCUUGGCAAAAGUUCUCCAGGAUAAUAGAUUAGUAGAUUUACCAUUAUCCCGUCCAUUCUUAAAAUUAAUGUGUCGUGGUGAUAUCUCGAACAAUGUCAAUGAAAAGAUCGGUCUUACUGGCGUUACGCAGGAGAGCAUGUCAUCUAGCAUGUCAAGCAGCUUUAUAUCGGAAGAAGGGGAAACUGAUGCUGCGUAUUCUUCGUUAGAACCUUGUUGUCCAUGGUACGCCGGUUUAUUAGACAUUGAGGAUCUUGUCGAGGUGGAUCCUGUAAGGGGAGAAUUUCUAAGAGAAAUACAAAAUGCGAUCACGAAGCGUGAUAGAACUUUUUCUGAUGGUCCAAGCUCCGCUGAUGAAGAAACGUCAUUGUAUAUUACUCAUCCAUCGGGCACUUCGGUGGCUAUCGAGGAUUUAGCAUUAACCAUGACGUAUUCACCAAGUUCGAAAGUUUUUCAACAUGAUCAAGUGGAAUUAAUGGAAGGUGGCUCGGACAUUGCAGUGACGAUAGAAAACGCAAGAGAAUACGCGAAUCUUACCAUCAAUUACUGCCUUAACCAGGGAAUUUAUAGACAACUUGAAGCGUUCAAAUCAGGCUUUUCAAAAGUCUUUCCGAUGGAAAAGCUCCACGCUUUUAGUCCAGAUGAAAUGAGAGCGAUGCUUUGUGGAGAACAAAAUCCACAAUGGACAAGAGAAGAUUUGCUCAAUUACACCGAGCCAAAACUAGGAUACACAAAGGAAAGCCCUGGUUUCCAAAGAUUUGUCAAUGUACUGUUAUCAUUGACUGGUUCUGAAAGGAAAGCGUUUUUACAAUUUGCCACCGGUUGUUCGGCUCUACCUCCAGGAGGUUUAUGCAAUCUACAUCCCAGAUUGACUGUUGUGCGGAAAGUGGAUGCUGGUUCUGGUGGUUAUCCUUCUGUUAACACCUGUGUUCAUUACUUAAAAUUACCAGAAUAUCCUACUGAGGAAAUCCUAAAGGAAAGGCUGUUGGCUGCUACCCGAGAAAGAGGGUUUCAUUUGAAUUGAAUUUAUUCUCUUAUCUCAAGAUUUAAAUUAGUCAUAGAUUAUGCGGAAAAAAUUAUACUUAACAGAUCGAGAUGUGUAU